GCUGCCGGAGGGUCCGAGCGGCUCCCGACGCGCCCCCGGCAUCUGCUGCGCGCGGGGAGCGAGCCUGAGAGGGAAAAGUUUGGCGGUGAAUUCAAGCGGGAGGCAUCGUCUCGCAGGAGCUUCGGCCGGGAUUGAGAGAGCUCCGAUGGCUCUGUCAGAUAUCUCGCUGUGGAUUCGGGAUGCCUGGGCUGUGGCCACCUCUAACCUGGACCUCGAGAGCAAGAAAGCCGCCCCCGCCAAGCUGCCAUGGCAGCAGCCCGUGAACGUCUUCCUGGCCGCUGGGCGCCCGCCGGGCAUGGAGCAGCUGCACCAGGAGGCCCAGCUCAACCUGCAGAGCUUGCUGCAAGAGGAGUAUGAGGAGCAGUACACGGAGAGCAGGGUCACCGGGCAGACCUUCCGUGCUGCUGGGCACCUGCCCCCCGACACCUCCCCUGAACCGUCACCUCGACCCCCGCCUGCCAAGCGCCUUGAGUUCGUGCUUAUGCCCCCCAGCCAGCGCGCGGCCGAAGAGGAGAGCACCAGCAGCGCCGUGCUCGGUGCUCGGCCUCCUGACACCUCCCUGAGCCUCCCCACCAGCCCGGACAAGCAGCCCCCCUGGCCCAGGGCCUUCCCCCUGCCCCCCGUGGAGGAGAAGCAGUGGCACCAGCCCAGCUCCAUCCAGACCAACGUUGUCCCCAUCAAUGUCUCGGGGCAGCACUUUGCUAGGCACGCGAGUGCUCGUCACUCCCUGUUUAACACAGAGACCGCGAUGAACCCCAAGUCCACCCUGCGGCGUAGACGGACCAUUAUUGGAUUCCCUAACCUGUCCCUGCGAGACCAAGGCAGUGCCAACGGCCCCACACCCAGCACACACGCGCCCAUCGCCGAGUCCCUGUCCUGCAGCUUCGUGCCUGAGACCACCAGCGGGGGGACGGCGCCCCAGGAGAUCAGCCCCCGUCCACCCCUCUCGGCCCCACUGAGGAAGACCUUCAGCGACCUCGGGGCCCGCUGCUGCCAGCCACCUGCUGCCAUGGAUGGGGCAGCCAACCCCUGUGCCAGCGCCUGCAAUGGGACGCAGGGCGCCCCUUUCUCCCCGCCCUGGAGCCCCCUGGGUUAUGGGAGCCCCCCCAGCCUCAGCACUGGCCCGGGCAAGGGCCCCACCUGCACCUCUCCGGGCGGCUCCAUCCCAUCGCCCGGGCCAGGCUCACCUGCCGCCUCCACCUCCUUCUUCAUCGCCACAGAGGAGCGCACGGGCAGCAACGGGCCCAGCUUCUUCUCCAGCCCAGUGCCUGCGUCCCCCCCCAGCUCCGGGUGCCCCCAGGGGGCCAAGGGGAGUUUCCUGCCGGGAAGCCGAGAGGAGCCGGAGGCGGCGGCGGGGCGGGCGCAGCUGGAGGUGGAGCGGGCAGGGUGCCGGUUCCGGGAGCGCUCGCUGUCCGUGCCCACCGACUCGGGGUCCCUGUGCUCCGUGGACAUCGCCUACGCCGAGACCCGGCGGGGCAGCGCCAACUACGCCCUGGGCUACCCCAGCGCCAGCUCCGAGGGCAGCACCAGCACCGACAACAUCUCGCUGGGGCUGGAGCCCGAGGGGCAGCGGCGGCGGCGCUCCAAGAGCAUCUCCCUGAAGAAGGCCAAGAAGAAGCCCUCGCCGCCCACGCGCAGCGUCUCGCUGAUCAAAGAGGGGCAGGACGGGGACGCGGGGCUCGGCGCCGCGCUGCCCAAGGAGCAGCGGCCCAAGAGCCUGUGCAUCCCCCCGGAGCUGCAGGGUCACCGGCUGGUGCACGCCGACCCGCAGGGGAGCGCGGCCAGGGAGCCCAGCAGCACAGCUGCCCCCCACCAGUGGCAGCUCACGGACUGGAGGGCCGGCGGUGAUCCCUACCAGUCCCUCUCUGGCUCCAGCACCACCACAGGCACCACGGCCGUUGAGUGUGCCAAGACACGGGGCAGCUCCGAGUCCCUCGUGUCCCCUUCGGUCUCCAGGGCCACGACGCCCUCCCAGCUCUCUGCCGAGGCAGACCUUAAGACCUCGUCGCCGGGCAGGCCCACGGGGCUGAUGUCCCCAUCCAGCGGCUACUCCAGUCAGUCGGAGACCCCAACCCCCACCGUGCCCACCUCCAGCAUCCUCGGGCACUCCCCGCACCAGGUGCGGGUGAGGCCGCUGGUCCCCGAGAGGAAAUCCUCUCUGCCCCCCACGUCCCCCAUGGAGAGGAGCCCCAAGGGCAGGCUGUCCUUCGACCUCCCGCUGACCCCACCCGCCCACCUCGACCUCUCCGGGCUGAAGAUCUCCCUGAAGGGGAAGACGAAGGUCAGCCGGCACCACUCUGACUCCACCUUUGGCACCAAGCUGGCGCAGAAGAGCAGUCCCAUGGCACCCAUCAUGCCCGUGGUGACACAGUCCGACCUGCGCUCCGUGCGCCUCCGCUCCGUCAGCCGCUCGGAGCCCGAGGACAGCGCCGACGGCCCGGAGCACGCGGAGGAGCCAGCGCGUGUCCCCUGCCCAGGCCCGGAGAGGAAAGUGAAGCCGCCCGUGGCAGAGAAGCCGCCGCUGGCCAGGCGCCCCCCGUGCAUCCUGCCCAAGCCCCCGGUUCUGCGGGAGGAGGGUCCCCUGUCCCCCAAAUCCCCGCCAGGCACUGCCGCCAAGGAGAAGGGGCAGGCGCAGGAUGCCGUCGUGGUGCUGCGGAGAGGGGAGCUCCGGAGGGGCCUGGGGGAGCCCCACUUGUCCCUGACCCCGGCGGGGCCCCGGCGGCUCUCGCAGGGCAGCCUGGACGAGCUGCGGCCAGAGGGGGAGCGCAGGAAGGCCAAGGUGCCGCCGCCAGUGCCCAAAAAACCCAGCGUGCUGUACCUGCCGCUCAUCCCAGCCCCGGCACAGCCGGGAGCCGCUGUGGGGGACCUGCCCCCCACCCCCAGCCCCAUCAUCACGCUGGACACUGACCCCACCUGCUGCGACCCCGACGCUGAGGAUCUGCCAUCCCCCGAGGCUGUGGGCACCACGCCCGCCAGCGAGCCUGCCCCAGAGCAAGGCAGCUCAGCAGAAGCCGGCACGGAGGAGAAGAGCUUUGCCAGCGACAAGACGGCCGAGUCCAUCGUGGAGGAGGACGAUGAGGUGUUCACAACGUCCCGCACCACGGAGGAUCUCUUCACAGUGAUCCACAGGUCGAAGAGGAAGGUCCUGGGGCGGAAGGAGCCUGGUGACACCUUCAGCAGCCGACCCACCUCCCACUCACCUGUAAAGACUUCAGGCUCCCCAGCUGGCGAGUCCCUGGCAGCAGCGGGCAGCAGUGGGAAGUCUUCCAGCAGGAAUGAGGAUUUUAAAGCCCUGCUGCAGAAGAAGAGCAGCAAAACCAGCCCUGGUACUCGGCCAUCUGCUGCUGAGCUGCUCAAGACCACGAACCCGCUGGCCCGGAGGGUCAUCACAGAGUUUGCCCCUGAGCUGGACGGUGCAAACAGCCCCAAAAGCCAGCCCUGACAACACAGGGGCCCCUCCAGCCGGAGGGGUGGCGAUGGCUGCAGAGGGAGCGCUGCUGCAAAGGGCUGUCCUGGCUGCUGGGGAGCCCCUGUGUCCUGCUGGGGGGUUCCUCUGCUUUUGUUCCUUACUUGGAGAGCUGCUGGCAGAGAGGCAGCGGCUGGAGCCCAAGCCCUCAUGACUCUGGGCCCUUCCCACGAGGGAAGCGGCUGGAACUGGCCCUGGCUGAGCCAGCUCCUGGGAUUGAAGUCGCCUGCCCAGGAAGCAGAACAGGAUCAGAGCCCCGGUGUCGCCCCAUGCCUGCAGCGAAGCAGCUUCAGACUCUUUGGUCCCUUUGGCAUGUGGUACUUUAAACAGCUUUUCCAAUGCACAGUGGUGGUGAUGUUUGAUUCUCUUCCCUUUGACACUGUACCUUGAGUUUCCCAUGCAGAGGGCCCCUGGUUGAAUUCAGCUGGACACACAGAUGCACUUUGGGAAGACGCCGGGGGUUCGGCUGGAUCUGCGGUUGCUUUGGAAGAGCCACAGGAGGUUCCCUGCCAUUGCCCUGAGCACCCUCCCUGUCACACAGGGAGCUGGCACCCGGCGUCCGCAGCCAGCGCCACCACCUCAAGCCAAACCCCCACCCCUUGAAAGCCCCCAAAAUGCUGCAUUUUGGAGCUCCUCAGCUCUCAGUCCAAAAACAAACCCCGGGGUCUUCUCCACUGCGAGCCCCCUGGCCUCACUGCACAGGGGGUCUGGCAGCCACCCCACUCCCCCCCAGCCCCCGUGCCAGGGGUCCUGCACCCAGCUGCCAACUGGGGCCGUGGGGCGCGGUGCCGUGGGAAGGAAGCUCGCCCCCAGCUCAGCCUCCUGCAUCUCCCCGACAGACUCUGUGACAACUUCUGCUGCCAGAGGUGCUGGGAUGCUCCCGAAUGGUGGCUGCAAUCCAGAUGGACAUCACCUGAGCCACCUCCCUGCUGACUCCUGGGUCCUCCAGGGCUGCCCACCACUCACCCGUGCCCACUGGCCAGCUGUGCCAUCAGGGCACGUGCACGGGGCCAUGGAGGAGGGUUUGCACGUUCCAGUGGGAUUUGUCCCCCUCAGCCCCAGCUGCCUCCUCCUGGCCUGGCUCGAGCCUGGGGGCCCAGGGACAGAGGCUGUGCUGUGGGGAGGGAACACGAGCCCAGAGAAACAGGAAGGGCCAGCUGCGGCUGACUAGGAAACAGGGUGUUUAGGGAAAUUUCUGCUGGAUUUCUUGGUGUGUUUGCACACACUCCAGCCCUCCUGUGCCAGGGGGAGCGGGGCGGUGGGUCCAGGCAGCAGCACAGCACCACAGCAGCGCUUCAGCCGCUCCUCCGAGGGGCUUGGGCUGCUCUGGGGUCUCUGCCCCACCAGGAGCUCUGCAUCCCUGGGGAGCACAGCCCGGGUAAACACUUCCCCAUCCUUGCCCCCACCCUGCAUCUGAUCCCACUGAGGCUCCAGUUGGUUCCCCUCUCCUCCCUCCUGGUACUCACCCAUCUCUCCCUUUCCUCUCCUAGGGCUGCAGAUUUAAGCCUGUAAUUAAGAGCCAGGCUGCGAAACUCAGGAAAAAAAAAAAAAACAAACA